AUAGAGAAAUUAAUGCGAGCAUUACAAUUUAACGUAAGGAGUCCAAACGUAGAGCGUGCUGUGUUUGAUAGACCUUGAAAACAGUUCUUUAUGUAUUCAACGAUGCAUAGCAGACUUGUGUGAGGACAAAAGAGCUUAUGACCCAUAGAAAGCGCAGUAUGCAAACUACGCCAAACCACACAUAGCUUAAGGAGCAAGAAGUCAAGAAAUACGGACAAGCAGGAUUUGGCUCCUUGCGUGGAAUUCAAUAGCUUUCUGGUGCAUCCAGGUUAUUUCCUCUAUUCCUGCCAGCAGCCCCUUGUUCAGGGCACUAUGAAAAUACAAGCAACCAUCAAUUUGUGCUAGCUUCAGCACAGCGAGGGAAGGAUUAGAGAUUAGGACCACAAAGCACUGUUGUAAAGCUUGAAUACUGCUUACUAGAGCUGAAAAUCAUCUGAUGCUAUGGCCACCUCUACACCCCAGGAAAAAGAUGAAAAAGAUGUGACUUGUUUGUUAUGCUUAGAUAUUUUCACGGAUCCCCGUUUGUUGCCGUGUCUUCACACCUAUUGUAAAAAGUGUCUUGAAGAUUUAGUUUCUCAAUGCCAAAAGAAAGGUGAAAUAUACUGCCCUCAGUGCCGGCACGAAGUAAAAAUCACCUGUUCACAAGUGUCAAACUUGAAGAUCAACACUGUAGCGAAUGACAUCAUCGCAGCCCUGGCCUUGACGUCUGAAGAAAAUGCCGACAGCCCCCCUGGAUGUGAAACAUGUGACGCUAAUGCGCAUGCUUGGGGGCGAUGCGAGGAGUGCUACCAGUUGAUGUGUGAGGCUUGUAUCGCUAGUCACAGACGGAUACGAGUAACGAAGCACCAUCAUAUAGAGUCUAUGGAAGAGAUUAGAAACAAGGGGACCUUACGAAGUAGCGUGCCACAAUUCUGUCACAUUCAUGAAGGAGAAAGAAUCAAGUUGUUCUGUGAUACAUGUGAUGAGCUCAUUUGCCAGGAAUGCACCAUAGAUAACCAUCGUGAGCACAAAUAUGGUCUUCCGAAAACAGUGAUCGACCGAGAGAAAAAAAACAUCAUUGAGGAAAUCGCGAGGGUAAAAGCUGUUGCAAAGCAGAUCGAACUUUUGCAUUCAGCUAUCGUCUCGGAGCAGCAAAAACUAGAAGAAGCAACCACAUCAGUCACUAAAGAAGUUAACAGCUUUAUUGAUACGAAAAUAAAAGUUCUAGAGGAUGUGCGUUCCAACCUUAUGGACAGAAUCCAAGAAGUUUACCAAUGGAAGGUAAAGCAGCUUGCCGCACAAGAGGACACCGUAUCUGUCGCCAUGGGGAACGCCUGCAGCAGUGUAGCUUUCACAGAGCGCCUAUGCAAACAGGGAAGCGACAUUGAUUUUUUGUCUGUCAAAAACAAUUUGAAAGCCCGCCAUUCUGAGACUGCGAAUAAAGUCAUGAGAAACAAAGUACGGGAAAGCGGCGAGCUCAAGUUUGUAGUGGAUGAGAGUCAUUGGGAAUCAAUGGCUGGGAGUAUCAGUAUUAAUCCCUGUUUCCUUGUGGACCCGCAGAAGUGCGUUUUAAAGUUAGAGGAUUAUUAUAGUACUAAUGGCGUUUUUAAAACUCACAUAAACUACUUUUUGUGCCCAGUUGACUUGGUUACAUAUAAGUUUAAACUAAUCACUAUGGACAAGGAAGGAAAAACAUGCAAUGCUCCGGCUAAUGUUAGAGCUACCUUAAAGGACAACAAUAAUAAGGAAUGCGAUUUAACUGUGAGGUGUGUGUCUAAUGCUAAUGGUGAGAGCUAUGAAUUCAGGUAUAGUAUGUCAAAGAGGAGUUGGCAAUACAUUCUGUCAGUAAUGGUGGAUGGGGAGCAUAUUAAAGAAAGCCCUUUCCAAUGGAAUGUUAAAUGUUCAUAACAUUAGGUAGCAAACAGCAUGAGCCUACUCAAGGAUACGUGCAUUUAAUCCAUCAGGACCUGUAGCCUUUUAAAUUUGAGGCUAAGACAAGUAUAUUAGGACAAACUCACUUGUCACAUGUGGUAUAUUGAGCUUGGUUGAAAAGGAACAAUCAACCGUACUACGAUGAUGAUCAUAGUUAGUAGAGGAAACCCGGCGAACUUCAAAGGACAUCAACAAUAGGCGCUCUCUGAUGUUGAACCACCAUAUCACGUGAUCACAAACCUGCACAAACCAAGCGUACAUUAAAACAUAUGGACGAGAUUUAUGAAUAUGCGUAUUCGGGCACAAAUUGCUGAUUGAUUCAUUUGAAACUUUGCCAUUUUUUUUACAAGUUUCUUCCAAUCUUUUUGUUUAUAUCACUUUGCAUGUUUUAUCACCAUUACAUCCUGAGCUCUGCAGUCCUAGAAAAUUAGUUUUAUAUUGCCAUGUAUGUCUUUGUUCAAGUGCCGAGGAGCGGGGCUAAAUGUUAUCUCAGUGAGCAUAGUAGCAUUUAUACCGGAGCCCACGUACCUUUGUGCCAGCGGCAAGGUAAAAGGCCGUUUGCAAGAAUGUACUCUGGGAGCGAGAUUGAUAAUCGGGAUUAAAUUCGUGAUUAAAUUAAAUUUUGUUCUUUGUUUUGUCUGGGAGGAACUAUUUAUCUGUUUAUCUUCCUUCUAAGCAUGCUUUUAUUUUAAAGGGUAUUAUUAAGGGUAUUAGUAUUAGUAUUAGUAAUCCUGGGUGUUGAAGGCCGGUCGAUCCCAGGGCCAUUUCCCGCCUACCCAAAUGACAGGAAAGGGAGAGGACCCUGGGAACGAGGUUGCCUGUAUUUUAAAUAAUGUUUCAUACACUCACUGUAUUUUUGGCUCUUGAAGGGGGGAGGCCACACCCCCCCCCCCCUAGCUACGCCCCUGUCCAGGACCAUUUCAAGUAAGCCUAGCGUAUAACAUUGAAUUAAUUCCUUUAAAAGAUAAAAUUGAACUUGUAUGUCUAGAGAAGCACAGCCAUGGGAUGUGAAUUAAAUUUGAUAAAGAAUAAACAAGCAUUUAUUUCA